AUGAAGUCCGGUGUACGAGUGACGACAAUUCCCCAAGAUCUCGGUGAUCCCUCCUCUGCACACCUGAGGGCAGGAUAUGCAAAUACACAGAUGCCGGGGUUAAAGGUCGUUACCGUUGAUCGGUCUCUCGAACAGACGGCGGCCGUCACUACAACAUGGAUGAUACCAAACAUUGAAAAUAGUGUUCUUACAACCUCAUUUUCUGUAGCAUUUUCUGGCUUCGGCAAAGAUGUCAACAACCAAGAUGUUAAUUCUAUGGUCUCUGCAUAUAACACAACCCUAAAUUCAAUUCAAAAUGAAGUUGCACCUGAGAAAAUGAAAGUUGCUACCAUGAGACAAAUGUCUCGAUGGUACAACGAUAAUUGUCGUAUUGAAAAAAGAAAGUGUCGGGUAUUAGAGCGUAAAUGGAUCAAGUCUUGUGAUUCUGUUGAUAAUACAGCUUUCAAGAAACUUGCAUCUCUUGGAAUUGGUGGAUCAGUUCUUACAUGGUUCACAUCUUAUCUUACAUCUAGAAAACAACAGGUUCGCAUUAGAAAUAGCUCUUCAGCGUGCAUUAAUGUAGAGAGUGGUGUCCCUCAGGGGUCAAUUCUUGGCCCCAUUUUAUUUCUUAUUUACGUCUCUCCUUUGAGCAAUAUCAUUAGCAGUCAUGAAGUUCGAUAUCAUGCCUACGCCGAUGACACUCAACUCUAUCUUAGCUUCCAUGUCAACCACUGGUCUGAAGCCAAGAAAACCAUUGAAGCAUGUGUUCGUGAUUCUCAGUCCUGGUUGUCACAAAACAUGCUCUUCUUUAAUCCUUGUAAGACUGAAGUUCUUUAUUUUCAUUCAAAUUACCUUAUAAGACCACCUCCGAUUAAUUGUGUUGUAGUUGGUAACACCAAUGUCCUACCAUCUACCAAAGUCCGUAAUAUAGAAGUUGUUUUUGAUCCUAUAAUGAAGAUGGAAAAACACAUAUACACCGUUUGUAAAUCGGUUUCAUAUCAUCUACGCAACAUCAAGCAUAUUCAAAAGUUCCUAACAAAAAAUGCUCUUCUGAAGUUAGUUCAUGCACUUAUAACAUCACGGCUAGAUUAUUGCAAUGCAAUUCUGUAUGGUCUUCCCGCCUGUCGUUUAAAUAGACUACAGCUAUGCCUUAACACGGCAGCUCGUUUAGUAUCUGGAGUUUCCAGGCGUGAACAUAUUUCACCUGUUCUCCAUCAUCUACACUGGUUACCAAUUGACAAGCGCAUCACAUUCAAGAUUCUGCUCAUGACGUACAAAGCCCUCCACAACAAGACUCCUGAAUACAUUUCUCAACUUCUAACGUCACAUUCUGUAACUUGUAGUAGGUCUUUGAGAUCAACGACCAAUAGAUUCAUACUAUCCGUUCCAGCAUCGCGACUCAAAGCUUACGAUGAUAGGGCCUUUUCUGUCGCUGCACCAAGACUUUGGAACACCCUACCAGCCUCUAUCCGUGAAGCAACUUCCAUUCAUACAUUUAAGAAGAAACUUAAAACUUUUUAA